GCAAGACAACUUUGAGAAUGGUGUAGAACACAGCAAGUUCCCGGGGAGCCAGGGCUACAGAGUGAGGCUCUGCCUACCCGCAGCUAAGGUUUGCUCAGCCGCCAUGAGUUACAUCAAUCUGCCCACCGUGCUGCCCAGCUCCCCCAGCAAGACCCGGGGGCAGAUUCAGGUGAUCCUCGGGCCCAUGUUCUCAGGAAAAAGCACGGAACUGAUGAGAAGAGUCCGACGCUUCCAGAUAGCCCAGAACAAGUGCCUGGUCAUCAAGUAUGCCAAAGACACACGCUACAGCAGCAGCUUCUCCACGCACGAUCGGAACACCAUGGACGCCCUGCCGGCCUGUCUGCUCCGAGACGUAACCCAGGAGGCACUGAGUGUGGCUGUCAUUGGCAUCGAUGAAGGGCAGUUUUUCCCAGACAUUGUGGAGUUCUGUGAGCUGAUGGCCAAUUCGGGCAAGACAGUGAUUGUGGCAGCAUUGGAUGGAACCUUCCAGAGGAAAGCUUUUGGUAGCAUCUUGAACCUGGUGCCGCUGGCUGAGAGCGUGGUGAAGCUGACAGCCGUGUGUAUGGAGUGCUUCCGAGAAGCCGCCUACACCAAGAGGCUGGGCCUGGAGAAGGAGGUGGAGGUGAUUGGCGGAGCAGACAAGUACCACUCCGUGUGCCGCCUGUGCUACUUCAAGAAGUCCCCGCAGCGGGCUGGACCAGACAACAAAGAGAACUGCCCAGUGCUGGGACAGCCCGGAGAGGCCUCCGCGGUCAGGAAGCUCUUUGCCCCUCAGCAAGUCCUACAGCACAACUCUGUCAACUGAGGGCACCUGGGGCCUGCCAGCUCCUGCCCCAGGUAGGACUCUCAGAGCACGGGGAGAGGAGCAGGGCCUGCCAUUCCUGACAGUGGGCCCUGGACAGAUCUUACGAGGUGGCUAGGGUCUGACAUUCAGCCAGGGGUGGAGACUGAGUGACAUGACCUUGUGACAUUGGUGGUGCUAGCUUCUUCUGCUUGGUGGCUUUUCAGGGCUGGGUUUCAUUUUCAGCCCGACCUCGGCUACCAUAAAGGCACCCAAAGCCAGUCUCAUGAGGGUAGCUAUGGUCUUGUUCUGCUCAGAGUCCCAACCCCAUGACUCAGCUCUUAGUAAGCCAAGAGAAUAUGUUUCUUGGCUACAUUGAAUAGAAUGAACAAUUAAUAUUAAAGUUUAUUGCUUGA